AUGCUGAAAGGCUAUCCCUCCUGGAACACUUUCUUGGAAAGUUUCGAGAAAGAAGGUGGUGAAGGAAAUCUUUUCUUGGCCAAGAAAUUCCAAGAGGAAGCUUGUGAAGUUCAGAACGACGAGAUACGUGAUGAUAUUAUUUUAUCACCUGUUUCGAAAUGCAGCCGCUCGAAAAGAGCCGAAGAAACGCACCCAUACACAACGUCAAAAACCAACCCGACUGGUAGGUUGGUGGAUGGGGUAGAAUUGGAUGACGAUAUGGAAAUGACCCCUGAAGAAUCUCUAACAGGGAGCUCAUUCGAAAGUGUUGGUUCAUGGGAAAAUCGAUCGUGGGGGCCUGAGGAACUCUGGAAUAUUAUGUACCCGAAAGCGCCGGAUGAGCAAAUUGUUAUUGCGGUCUUAAUCAACUUCUUGAAGGGUUUCAAAGCCGUAUUCAAAUCUGGCGAAUAUAUAGCCAGGACAGACGGGUACCUUAGGGGCAAGGUUAAUGGAGAUGUGCGUGCGGUUGUGGAGGUUAAAGCAUCUCUUAGGUCUUUAAUGUGGCGAGAGAUCUGCAUUCAAGAGAGUGUCCAAAUGGUGGCAUGGCUCAAAGCAGUUCCACCAAACCCCGAAGAACUUCCUAUUCAUCGAUACAAUGUCUCACAGGACAGAGGCGAGAUGUGGCACAUUUUUGCCCGAUAUGAUGAGCAGUAUUUAGACUAUCUGAAAGGUAAUUCUGGGAAACGAAGCCCUCUCUCCUUUAUGACGAUGUACCAAGCUGGUCCAUGGGAUAUACAAUCAAAAGAGGGUAUGGCUCAUCUCAGUCCUAUUCUUCUUUCUCUAGCACUAAGGGCCGAUGAUGAAAAUAGUACAAGAGAGAGAGAGCACAUGGAUCGUUAG